CUGACAACUUUAGAAAAGAUGCGCUUAAACGACGCACACGUUUUACGACAGAGACAGUCUACAGGCAGGGGCUCCGCAAAGUUUUCACACAAGAUAUAUGGGGCUUUAUCGGAGCUUCAUAAAAGACAAACAGUAGAGAGAAGAAUGAGACGCCGGUAUGGAGUUGACUUUCUUGACUUCUACUUUGAAUCUAUAGUACUUCAGUUGAAGAUCGUGGAUCGAAGACUAGCCGCAAAAUUGAUUGAGGAUUUCCACAGCGGGGAGUUAACUUUGGAACUUAUAACAGAGUUAAUUCCAGAAGACCUUAGAAAGGAAUAUAAUGAGACUUACGUUCAAGUGACGCUAACUAUAGAUGGCGAGCUGGUGCAACAGUGUCUGUCUUGGGAUCAAGG